UUUUGAUUCGACUGUGAAGGGGAGCGCACGCUUCUUUCUUGCGUAAACUCCGAACAAAACUUUCACGAGUGUUCGUAACACGAUUUCGAGUUAUGUGCGCGGACGCACGCUUCAAUAACCCUCCUCGCAACGGUUUAUGACAGUGCAAAUGUCUCCCAGCUUUGAAGGGAUCAUGUUUAACAGGAACGCGAACUUGUCAGCGCGCCGGCCGUUGCUCGCGGAACCGCAAAAGCCUAUUGUCGUUCCACCUCGAGCACCGCCUCGCGAUUAUGGCCCACAAAGGCCUUAUCCCGCACCGAAAACUUUAACGAAUGAAAAUUCAUAUGAAAAUCGUAUGGACUAUUGGAAGCCUUCAAAUGUCGAACUCGAAAGACGAUUGCAAGAGAGUCGUGCUCGUGAAAAGGUCAGUUACUUUCAAGACAAAGUGACUCCACCGGAAUUGAGUUUGGAUCGCAGAGAAGCUGAACUAGUUUUCAGAUUUGAUCCUCAAGCCUCAGCCGAGUAUUUAACAAACCAAUAUAGUGCGCCCGUAGUGCAGUAUGCAAAGCCGUCGGUGCCAGCCAACGGGUUUACUAACCGUUUACCGGAGCGAGACGGUCCUUUUGUGUUCGGAGUUCAUAGUCCAAGUCAAUUCCCUAUUUCGCGGCGGGAUGAUGACGACUACGAUUAUUCUGAAGUAGCGGAAGAAAACAAUCGCGCUGUGAUACGAGACGAUGAUUCUGGAGACUUGAAUUGCUGUGAUAAAAUGAACGAGUGGACUGUCCGUGACAAAAAGGGUAAAAGGACUUUAAAUCGGAUGUUUCAAAUUAAAGAUAGACGGAAAGUGAAAUGUGGUAAGAAGGAGAAGAUAAAGUGUGUGUUAGUUGGUGAUGGAGCUGUGGGAAAGAGCUCUUUGAUAGCAGCAUAUGCUCAGGAUACGUUCAGAGAAGAAUAUCAGCCAACGGCCUACGACACAUUUAAUGUUGUGGUGGACGUAGACGACCGGCCGGUCUGCGUGGAAAUCUGUGAUACAGCUGGUCAGGAUUCAAUGUCUGAACUCCGCGAGCUCUGCUACCCGGGCACAGACGUGUUGAUGCUCUGCUUCUCCGUGGUACGACCGGAGACGUUCCGUUCGGUCGCGGACCGGUGGACGCGCGCGGUCGCGAAUGUGAACGCGCCCUUAAUUCUAGUCGGCACACAGAGUGACUUGGCGCUCGAUGGACGGGUUAUUCAAUCGUUGAGAGCGCGAGGAGAACACGCAGUUACAGAAGUAGAAGCAAGAGCAUUGGCAGCAAAAAUAAACGCUGUCUACGUAGAAACGUCAGCGAAAACAAGAAAACAGCUGAAAGACGCCUUCGAUGCCGCCAUCUUAGCUGGGUUGCCAGUAAUACAGCCAAAAAGAUCUAUCUGGAAGAAGUUGUUAUGCUUACAGUAGGGUGAUUGUGAAAUUCGUAAAAUCUUGUACUAACUUAAAAAUGAAUAAAAACUUUAUAUUGAAAGUUGAAAAUAUGUCAUCUACGUUAGAAAGUAUGCAGGUUAUAUAACAAAUGGAAUAAUUGAAUUUGGACUGAACAACAAUAAAAUAGCAUAGGGCAAAAGUUUUAUAAAUUUUAUCUCGAAAUACAACUGCAAUUUACACUUGAAAAUAAUUAAAUCCAUUUGUUAUUUGAAUAAUGUGAUAUUUUGUAAAUGACUGCAUUGAUAAAGGAACAUACAAGAUUGCUAUGGCAUUAACACGGAUUUCCCAAAGCUUAGUAUAAAUAAUUAUCUGUAAGAAUUAUACACGUUAGUGCCUUAUCUGUUAUAUUAUUAUACUGAGAAUGAAUUCGAUAAUGUACACUAGUUUUAUUUUAUUAUGAAGGUGUUUGAUAAAGUGUUGGAAUGUUUCAUAAAAUUACAAAAGAACGUUCAAGGUUAAUAAAUUAUUUCUGAAUGCUCAAAACUAUGCGACUACUUACGAACUUUGUGAAUGUAAAACUAAAAACGAAUUAUAAGUACUUUCGUCGAAAAAAGGACACAACGUCCAUAAAAGUGAAUUUUAUUACAACCACUUCACAGGUCAUGUUGAAAGCUUUAAAAUAAUAAUGCAAGAGCUACAAAAAUAAAGUCAUGUUAUACAUGUACUUAGCAUGUCGUUUUACAUGCUAUGGUAUGCCGUUUUUUAUAUUAAAUUGGGUGAUCAAAAACAUAUUUUUCCCCGGUAAUGUUAGGAAUUAGAAAAUCAAAUUAUUGCGAUU